GCUGCGACUGGCCGUGGACUCCUCUGCGGCAGACGACUCGCGACGCUACGGUAUAAGACGAGGCGCGCAUCUCCAAAAAGUUGCAACUGGCCACGCACUUUGCUGCGACAUACGGUGGUACGGUACGAGACAUGGACGCGUGUCACCGGUGAUGCUCUGAGCUGCGGGGCAUUUUGGCUACCCGAGGUGCGGCGUGCUGGCAAGAGAAUGAGAUGAGGGACGCCCGCGGCCGGCGAUGCGGCGAGCGGUGCUGCAAUGGUCGACGAUGCGGCGACGGUGCCACAAUGGUCGCCGGCGCCUACUGUGGCAGGCGGUGCUAACGCUACCAUCGGUUAGCCGUACGGUAGGUGGUGAUCGAUCGGUCCUCCCAUCGGUUAGCCGACGGCUAUCACCGGCCUACUAUUAUUUUUGGGAAGCACACACGACUUUUCCUCGUCUGUUGAGGUCAACAAGACACACCUCGCCGCGUGGCUUCCUCCUGCUCCCGUUGAUUUCUUGGCAGCGUCCGUCCGCAGCUAGAAACCAAAGCACACUCGUCUUCUUUCUUCCCCAUUCUGUCAGCUAGCCUUCUUCCUCCUCCUCCUUUCACUGCGAGCGAUCCAUGGACGCGUCGUCGUCGGAGGACCGCCAGUCGCCACGCAGCAGGCAGCUGCAGCUGCAGGGCCCGCGCCCCCCGCGGCUGUCCGUCAGCAAGGACUCCCACAAGAUCAGGAAGCCGCCCGUCGUGCCGCUGCCUUACGGAGCCCGGCAGCAAGCCCCCAACAACCGCCACCCGCAAGCUCAGCCGCAGCAGCCGCGGGCGCCGGUCAUCAUCUACGACGCCUCGCCCAAGGUCAUCCACACCCAGCCCGGCGAGUUCCUGGCGCUCGUCCAGCGCCUCACCGGCCCGGGCGCGCCGGCUCAGUCCUCCACCGAGGCGGCGGCGGGGCCCUCUGCCGUGCCGCCGCAGUUCCAGCCGCAGGAAUCGCCUUUCUCGCCGGCAGCGAGGUACGCCGCGAUCGAGAGGUCCGUCCGGCCGCUGCCGCCAGGGCCCGCGCCGUACGCCGCCGGCUCCUGGCUGGACCUGGACGGCUUCGCGGAGGUCCUCGGCCCGGGACGGCCCGGGAUCCUCUCGCCCGUGCCGUCAGCGCUGCCGGCGGCGGCCUCGGCGGGGCUGUUCUCGCCGCUGCCGUUCGACACCAGCUCCCUGUCCUGGCUCAACGACCUGAGCCCGUUCCUCGCCUCCGCCGGCGCCCGCGACGCGUCGAGCCCCGGCGGGCUGCUGCUUGCCACGCCCACCAUGCCCUCGCCGGGGAUGAUUGUGAGGUUCUUCACCGACUUUCCGGACCUGUAAAUUAACCUUGUUCGAUUUGAUUUGAUUUUUUUUCUGCGUCCGGGUUUAAAUGGCUGCCGGAGGACCAGCGAGUAGGUGUACACUAGUGAGCUUCGUCUGUGGGUGGUUGGCUAAUCAAUCAGAAAAAAAAAAUACUCCUGAUUGAGUAUUAAAUUGAGCAGAUAGGCAUUGCUCCUGUUAAUUGAUUGACAUUGUCAACUGAUUGAGUAGUGUAGGUUGUGCUAAUCUUGUUUCAAGAUUAUUGACUUUUGGGAGCCAACCAUGUUUGGUGGGUGGUUCUUUCAA